AUGUCGCGCACUUUCGUCUUUUUCCACUCCCUUGCUUUCGCCUUUGCCUUAUUCAGCUCUAUCUCGGCCAUUCAGUUUCCCGACUCGAUCCAGACUGAUCGAUCACAGCUUGCCCCUUCGCAUUUUAUGGGCGAUCAUAAAAUCCAGGCGUACAGAUACAAACAUAAUCGCAAACGUCCUAAACAAGCGUCGACGACGCCGUUGAAAAAACUCUGCGAUCAAUGGGACAAAUAUGGCGGUCCUGACGAUUCUGGCGCUUCUGGCUACAUGAUUUACAACAAUCUUUGGGGCAUGAAUUACGGCCAAGGCCGGCAGUGCACAUAUCUGUGGAGCAUCAAUCGUCAUGGCGUCAGAUGGUCUUCCGAAUGGACAUGGUACGACGGACCUUACAAUGUCAAGUCUUACGCCAACGUUCAGAAAAUCUUCAAACCCAUGUACAUAGGGCAAGUUGGGACGAUCGAAACGCAGUGGACUUGGAGCUACGAGACACCUAGAGGAGACGCAGUGGCCAACGUGGCAUACGACAUGAUGACCGCACUCUACAGCAAUGGGCGGAAAUACGAGAUCAUGGUUUGGUUGGCUCAAAUAGGACAAGCCGGGCCAAUAUCGACGUCUGGUGAAGAACCCGAAACAGUCUUUAUCCAUAACGUCCAAUUCUACCUCUAUCACGGUCGUCCUCCGGGCUUGAACACCUACUCUUUCGUCCCCGUCGAGAAGACUUGGUUACGGAACUUCAAGGGAGACCUGGCAGAAUUCCUCUUCCACCUCGUAUGGGCCGGCAAGUUGCCCACGGACGCGCUGCUGGAGACGAUCGGUGCCGGGUCCGAGCCGUUCGUGGGGACAGAUGCCAAAUUCACGACAGAGUUCAUCUCCAUCGAUAUCGAACCAAAAUGA